UGCUAUUUUCUAGUUGUAUUCGAGAGUUGAACCUAAACACAAAAAAACAACUGAACCUAUAUUCCAGAGGAAUAACGGUCUAUAUAGUCACUCUGAAGGUCUAGCUGUGCAGUCACUAUGGUGUAUCUCCUGCUCUUGACACUGAGCGCCAGUGUGUUGGCUGGUCCCAACACAGACACUCAACUAGACGAACAGUGGCACCUAUGGAAGAGCUGGCACAGUAAAGAUUACCAUCCGAAAGAGGAAGGCUGGAGAAGGGUGGUGUGGGAGAAGAAUUUGAAGAAGAUUGAGCUGCACAAUCUGGAGCAGACUCUGGGCAAGCAUAGCUACCGCCUGGGCAUGAACCAUUUUGGUGACAUGACAAAUGAGGAAUUCAGACAAGUGCUGAAUGGCUAUAAGCGCGGGCCUGACAGAAGGGUCAGAGGCUCACUGUUCAUUGAGCCUAACUUCCUUCUGGUGCCUAAACAGGUGGACUGGAGAGAGAAGGGCUAUGUCACUCCAAUCAAAGACCAGGGAGAGUGUGGGUCCUGCUGGGCGUUCAGCACCACAGGAGCCUUGGAAGGCCAGCACUUCAGGAAGACGGGGAGGCUGGUGUCCCUCAGUGAGCAGCAGCUGGUGGACUGCUCCAGGGCUGAGGGGAACCAGGGCUGCAACGGAGGGCUGAUGGACCAGGCCUUCCAGUACAUCAAGGACAACACUGGGCUGGACUCUGAGGAUGCUUACCCCUACCUGGGCACAGAUGACCAACCUUGCCACUAUGAUCCAGACUACAACUCUGCCAAUGACACAGGCUUUGUGGACAUUCCGGGCGGGAAGGAGCAUGCCCUAAUGAAGGCGGUGUCCGCGGUGGGGCCUGUGUCUGUGGCCAUUGAUGCCAGCCAUGAGUCCUUCCAGUUCUAUCAGUCUGGGAUCUACUAUGAGAAGGACUGCAGCAGUGAACAGCUGGAUCAUGGCAUGCUGGUGGUGGGCUAUGGCUUUGAGGAAGCAGAGGACGACGGCAAGAAGUACUGGAUCGUGAAGAACAGCUGGAGUCAGAAGUGGGGAAUGAAAGGCUACAUCUACAUGGCCAAGGACCGAAAGAACCACUGCGGCAUCGCCACGGCCGCCAGCUACCCGUUGGUGUGACACAGCUUUGCCAUCUUUGCCAUUGUUGCUUUAGGUACAUUUUAUAUAUAUAGAGACCAUAGAUGAGAAGAGAGCUGCCUUACAGUGUCAUGACAUUCAGAGGACUCCUGUGGAUCAAUUCAAACACUGUUACAAGGAAUGAACCAUUUCUGCAUAAAACCUGUUAUUUGCGUGUGGACUUUUAGGCAUACUUAAGGUAUAUUUAAAUUAGA